CAAAAACGCUUGUGAAGAAAAACAGAAACCAAAAACUCUCUUAAUUGUUUGAAUGGCAAACCGUUUCCUCCGACCAAACCUCAUCCACCGUUUCUCCACCGUGAACCCCGUCGGUCCUCCUGCCACCGUUGUCCCGGGGAUUCUUUCCUUUGACCAACCAAAACCAGACGUUGACCUUGAUCUCUCUGACCAAGCUCGACUCUUUGCUUCUGUCCCAAUCUCUGACCUUGUCCGUUCAACGGCUAUUCUUCACGCUACCGCUAUAGGCCCUAUGGUCGAUCUUGGCUCAUGGCUCAUGAGCUCCAAGCUCAUGGACGCGACCGUAACACGCGAUUUAGUCCUUCGUUUCGUGAAAGGAACGUUUUAUGACCAUUUCUGUGCCGGUGAAGACGCCGCUGCUGCCGCUAGGCGCGUGAGGAGCGUGUAUGAAUCUACUGGACUUAAAGGGAUGUUGGUUUAUGGUGUUGAACAUGCCGAAGACGGUGGCGCGUGUGAUAACAACAUCGAGAAAUUCAUAGAAACUGUUGAAGCUGCUAAAACCCUACCUUCGUCUCAACUAAGCUCAGUGGUUGUGAAAAUCACAGCGAUUUGUCCAAUGAGUGUCCUAAAACGAGUAAGUGAUUUGCUUCGGUGGCAAUACAAGAACCCAAAUUUCAAACUUCCAUGGAAACUCAAUUCGUUUCCGGUUUUUUCCGGUUUAAGUCCUCUCUACCACACAGCCGUCGAACCGGAGCCAUUAACCGUAGAGGAAGAACAAGAGCUCGAAAAAGCUCACGAACGCAUGAAAUCCAUCUGUCUCCGAUGCCAAGAAUCAAACGUACCGUUACUAAUCGAUGCAGAAGACACGAUUCUCCAACCGGCAAUCGAUUACAUGGCGUAUUGGUCGGCGAUUAUGUUCAAUUCCGACAAAGAUCGACCGAUUGUUUACAAUACGAUUCAAGGUUAUUUGAAAGAUGCAGGAGAGAGAUUGCAUUUGGCGUUAGGAGAAUCCGAGAAAAUGAAUGUUCCUAUUGGGUUUAAGUUGGUGAGAGGUGCUUAUAUGUCCAGUGAAGCUAAGUUAGCAGAUUCCUUGGGAUACAAGUCACCGGUUCAUGACACCAUUCAAGAGACGCACGAUUGCUACAAUCAAUGUAUGAGUUUCCUUAUGGAGAAAGCCUCGAAUGGUUCAGGCAUUGCCGUCAUUCUAGCGACGCAUAACACCGAUUCCGGUAAACUAGGGGCAAAGAAAGCAAGUGAGCUAGGGAUCGAUAAAGAAAACGGUAAGAUUGAGUUUGCUCAGCUUUACGGGAUGUCUGAUGCGCUAUCCUUCGGAUUGAAAAGGGCCGGCUUCAAUGUCAGCAAGUACAUGCCCUAUGGGCCGGUGGAAACCGCGAUUCCAUACCUUAUCCGGCGAGCAUAUGAGAACCGUGGUAUGAUGUCUACCGGUGCUCUAGACCGCCAGCUUAUGAGGAUGGAGCUUAAGAGGAGGAUAAUGGUUGGGUGAAGAGAGGAAAGUAAUGAGGAUCAAAAGGAGACAUUCUUGGAAUUUGGCAAAUGUAGAUUUUAAAAUUAUUUAUAAGUGGAGUAACAAAUGAUCUGAUGUAGCUUUGACCAUCACAAUCACAAAAGGGUAUCAUUUUACAUUGUAUAUAUCCUUCAUGAUCAGUGUGAUAUUGCAAUUAAUGUCUUUUAUUUUCUCCUUAAUCAAUAAUUUUAUAUAUUUUUA